AUGGACAGACUGGUUAGGAGAGUUUCUCACCAGCUUGGAAUAUCUCCAAAGGAAACAAUGGAUAUGGUUAGCCAAGCACUUAGGGAUCCAUCUUAUCAGGAAAGACUGGUCGAGAUUCUUGGAUACGAGAUGAUGGACGAGAUAGAGAUGAUUUGCAAGAAUCAAGAGUACUUUACUUCUCAGGACAAAGUAGUGGACAGAGGAUUUUAUGUGGAGUAUAACUUUCCGGAGUCCAUUCCCAUAGAAAGUGAUGGUUCUGAAAUCAUUUGCACAGAUGCUACUGGAGAGGAUCAAAGGUACUUCGAUUACAAGACAUUUAACAGGGUCCAGUCUAAGGUGUUUAAGGCUGCAUAUAGAGGUGAUGGGAACCUGCUCGUAUGUGCACCUACAAGCUCUGGAAAGACAGAUGUCGCUCUUCUGUGUGUUCUCAGGGCAUUGGGAAAGGGAGACAAGGUCAUCUAUAUAGUUCCAAUGAGGGCACUUGCAACGGAAAUAGCAUCUAAAUAUAGAAAGAAGCUUGGAGGCCAAAGAGUUGUGGAAUACACAGGAGACACCGAAAUGAGGGUUGAGGAUAUGGUAAGAUAUGAUGUAGUAGUAUCUACACCCGAGAAGUUUGACGUGGUGACAAGGAAGCAGUACAAUGUGUUCCAAGGCAGGAUUGGGCUUGUUAUACUUGAUGAGAUUCAUAUUCUUCAAGACGAGAGAGGACCUGUUGUGGAAGCAAUUGUAUGCAGGAUGUUUAGGCAUGUGGAACUUUGGCAAAGGCAUAUACGCAUUGUGGGGCUGUCUGCUACCCUUCCCAACUAUUCAGACGUGGGAAUGUUUUUGAGAGCUGAACACGUGUUUAGCUUUGACGAAGGAUACAGACCUGUCCCGCUUCGGAUGUGUGUUGUUGGAAUGACAAGAAAAAGCAAGCCUCAACUUGAAGAAGAUUUCCUAAGGAGGAAGGUAAAAGAAUACCUGGAUGAUGGAAAGCAGGUUCUAGUGUUUGUUCAUUCCAGGGGGGAGACAACCAAAACUGCCAAGCUUUUAAGCGAUGAAGAUGUAAAGAGAGAAGUGAAGGAUGGUGUGGUAGGUGGGGCACUUCUAGAGCUUGUAAGAAGAGGAGUUGGGAUACAUCAUGCCGGACUUCCAAGGAGGAUAAGGCUGUAUAUGGAGGAUGAAUUUAAGAUGAAGAGAAUAAAGAUACUGGUUACAACAUCGACUUUAGCUUGGGGGGUGAAUCUCCCAGCAUAUGCCGUAAUAAUCAAGGGAACGAGAUUCUAUGAUUCUUCAAAAGGAAUGUUUAGUGAUAUAGGGAUUUUAGAUGUGCUCCAGAUAUUUGGAAGGGCAGGGAGACCUCAAUUUGACGUUAGAGGAGAGGGGUGCUUGAUAACGACAGGGGAUAAGAUGGAUCACUAUGUGUCUCUGCUCAAGAACAGCAGAGAUGUGGAAAGCAGGCUGCUUCAGCAUGUUGCAGAUGUAAUGAAUGCAGAAAUCUAUUUAGGCACGAUUGAGGAUGUCAGCACAGCUAUGGUGUGGCUGAAGAGUACAUUUAUGUAUAUCCGGAUGUCUAAGAAUCCGAUGUGUUAUGGGGUGAGCAUGGAAGAUCUACGUGAUGAAAACAAAGCAUUGUCUGAUUAUGUCAUUCUUACCUGCAAAAGGUUAGGAGAAUGUGGAAUGAUAAGAAUAUACAAAAAGAGGAUUGGAGACUUCAGGACAUGGAAGUUCUGUAGUACAGAGUAUGGGAGGAUUGCAAGCAUGUAUUACUUACCACAUGAAACAGUAGAAGGAUGGCUGAAGGAAAUUAGCGACACGCAUGAUGAAGAUGCCAUACUUAGACUGUGCUUUGAGUCUAAGGAGCUUUCUUCCCUAGGAUAUAGAGAAGAAGACGAAGAGACCAUCAAAGAGAUUUGUUCUGAGUUGGGUGUCAUGUAUGAAAUGUCCAUGGGAUGUAAGCUUAUGGCCCUUGUAAAGGCUCACAUCAGGAGAUAUCCAAUAACAAGGUUUUCGCUUGUGUGUGAUACGGAGCAUGUUGUCAAAAACCUCCGGAGGGUUCUUAUGGGGUUGUCUCAAAUCUUUAUGUUCCAAGGCAAGCACCUGGCAGUUUCAAGAUGCUGUAUACUAUUGAAAAGGAUAGAGAGACAAAGAGAAAGACCUUGGAAUUGCAAUAACAACGCUGCCGUGAGUCUUUCCAGGGCGAAUGAGAUGGUCAAGAUAGAGAUUUCUUUGAAAGAUAAGGGAGAAUACUGGGUUUUUGUGUGGGAUGGAGAUUUUCUCGUCCACUCUGGCCUUUUUAAGCAGAGAGCCAAUUUAUUUAUAAAGUCGGAGUCCGAUGUUCUGAGGAUUGAAAUUGUUGCCAGAAAUGAAUGGGAAAGGACAGAAAGAGAAUACAAGGUUGAUAGAGAUACAAGUGUGAAAUCUCUGUAUUAUAAUGGAGUCCAUGAAUGUUCUCAGAAAUGGUCUAUAGUGGGAGAAAAGCAAGGUUGUGCUCACUUCAAUGUCAUAAACACCUUCUCUGAUCUCCUCAAGGCCACACAUGAAUGGAUAUUGAACCAUGGAAGUGCUUCUGAACUCAAGAUCCUUCUUCUAACUAAUAAAAGGAUAGACUCUCUCGAUCUGAAGAAGGAGAGGCGUGUUCACAUCAACUUGUGUUAUAGAAAAGAGCUUGAAGAUAUUUCAGGGGUGAGUGUGGCCUAUUUGAGGCCAGAUGUUCCUUCCUGGUUUUCUAAGUAUAUUUUAUGUGAUUUUUCUCUUCAAAUAAGGUUUAUACAGGUAGACUGUGGGUUAUUUAGAGAAAGGCUACAGUUCAUGAAUUCUUGUAUCACAUCGAUGGGCAGCUAUGAAAACUCGAAGGUUGUCAUAGUAGCGCCUGAUCCAACUGACAUGAGGAAUACAGCACGAGAUCUCGGUACAAGAAUGGUUCUAAGAGAACUAUCCCAUGGAAAAUACAGUCUGAGGGUGAGAUGUGGAAAUCCCAGAGCAGGAGACACAGGAGUAUUUGUGACAGCUUUUAGUAAAAGUUUGGAUAUAGAGGAGGGGUUUACGGUGAUCUUCAAGGGAUGUUCUAACUCUGAUGGAUACUUUCCUGUAUUUGAGAUAUUAAGAAUAUGUGAUUCUAGAGAGGUGUUUAUAUAUGAGAGUAGAGAUUAUAUAGAGUACUUCAGCUGUUGCAUAUUGAAUAGCACCAGGGAAUUCUGA